AUGGACUUUCAGAAGAUACGAGACCGUGCUCUAUAUAUCAGGCGCUGGUUGAAGGCACGACCAGAGAAAGAAAUUGUUGUUGUCAGCCACGGUGGAUUCUUGCAUUUCCUAACAGACGACUGGGAGGAUGGAUCAACCGGCUGGGCCAACACUGAGUGCCGAACUUACGAGUUCCUCCCGGACGGUAACGAUUCAGAAUUGGAAGAUGCCAUGAUACAAGAAACAGUGGAGUCACGUCAAUGCCGUGGGAAAUUUGGUCCGCCGCCUACGCGUGCUUCGCAAAAGGAGUUAUGCGGUCUGAUACUACAAGGUUGGGCAGAUCAAGGGUACGCUAUUCGCGAAGGUAAUUCAGUUGAAGAUGAGAUCAAGCUUAGAUAG